UCAGUGGACAGAGUUAACCGGAGAGGAAAAAGGGAACACGAAACCACCGUGGCUGCAAUGGCGUCGCCCGCUCCCGCGAAGCCCGUCGCUCUCCGGCGGCCGCCGGUCCCAAUCCGCGGCGGGUUCUGCCCGGCGCGUCCGUCCAUGGCUGCGGCGGCAGGCCGGUUCAGAGUCUCGGCCUCCGCUUCCGCGUCGGACGUGCCCGACUUCCUCUCCUCCGACUGGCUUGAAACACGCAAGAAGAAGCCUUUUGGCCCCAGGUUGAAUUAUAAUGCAGAAGAAGCAGUGGAAUACCAACUUGAGGCCUUGAAAUACAAUGACAAACCCCGCCCGGAUUAUGGGGUAGAGGUCAUGUACCGGUUUGCAGGCUUUGAUCCAUUUGAAAGGUCAACUUAUUUUGGACGACAGUUUGAUCUUGGGCAGUUCGAACGUUUCCGGCGGAUAUUUCACCAUUCGACUUACAGAGUGCUGCUUGGCCACAAAGAAAGAGAGAUAUUAAGCAGACUAUGGGUCGAAGAGAACCAGUUUAAGCAGAGAGUCUGGGUCCGAGGAGCUCGCCCGGAGGAAGAGGAAAUAUUCCAGUUUACAAUGGUUCAGAGAGUUGGUGGCUCAUGGGAUGGUUACUGGCUAACCGAGAGCUUGACCAACAACGACGGGGACGCAUUCUCAGGCGGGGUUGCUUAUUGACAGGUGGACAAAACACCCGGAUUCUGGAUAUCUUGGAAAGGUUGCUGAGCCGAACGCACGGGCUCUGUCGGAAGGAACCAAGGUUCAUCACCAAACCUCACCAGACACCAGCAACUCGCCUCAGCCUUUUCCACUCUUAUAUCAUUCUGAGUUUCUGAGUUUGACCAAUCAGAAGCACGUCUCAUCGCCGAUUUGCGCGAGCGCCUGACUUGCGAGUUCGUCCUCGAUAAUUCCUCCUUCGCUCUUGGUGACCGGUCAGUUCGCCUGUGCCGGUUGAGGUUGUCCGUUGUCUGGUUCCUUUCCGGUCAGCCUGUGUCGCGGCGAGACCUGCUGGUACUAAAAAACACAAGGAGGACAUGGACCGCAAGGCUACCAGUCUGACAUGCUACUCACCUGAAGGCUGAGAGGGCAGCAGGACGAAGCUUGCAGAUGGUGCAGAUGAUCGUCGCCGUCUGCCGUCGAUGCCGAUGCCACAUAUGGAGUAGCACAUAAUGAAACGAAUCUCCGGUAGGUUUGGCUGGCGUGCUCCCAUUCUGCAGAGGUUUCGUCGUGCCAACCAUGCCGUCAAAUGCAUAGAAAACAGUCGUUGUCAAGACAAACAACAAGUGUAUACUCCCUUUGUAUGUAAAUAUGAGACCUUUUGGGGA